AGUGUUAAUAAUCUUCCUGUCUUGGCUGCUAAUGUGUUGAUGUGUAUACUUUGAUCUGAGAUGGAAAAAUCCUGUAAGAGUUUGGUAACACAGUACUGUCUACGUACUUUACAAUGAUGCAAGCCCUGCCGUCUGUUUGGAGAUCAUGUGACCAGAAAAGGAGGGGGAGAGGAUUGGAGGAGAAGAGUAGAAUGCUAAGGUGAGACCACCUCCACUAUUCAGGUCUUACCUAAACUCUUCAGGCAACACCUUAUACCUGCACUGAGCACCUCAGCUACAUACAGCAGCUCUAACAGGAUACAUCUGGUGGACGAUCAUAAUUCUUUUCUUUUUUACUCUGGACGUUGGGAUGCAUUUCACCAAUCCACCAGCAUCCCUGUAGGCGUCAACCUGGCCCUUUUCAGUGGACUGAGACUUAAUAUCGGACUCUUAAUAGCUUGGACAUGUUUGGCCCAAGGCAGCUGGUGUCUACUCUCCUGCCUGCAGUUUUCCAUUCACCUGCAGCUCACUUUUUCCCUGCAUUCCCAAGCAGACUGGGUUCCCAACCUCAGAUCCUGAUCCCAGGGCCCUUUAUCAGCUAUGAAUCCUUGAGGAAUUAUUUGCAGCCAGAGACAUGCAAGGAAGCUUUGCUCCUGGCCACACAGGCAGUCGGGAUGGGGCCACUCACAGAGGGCAUAGAUGAACAGAGGCCAGUGAAGCAGCGUCGUGCACGAGCCAACUACAGCAGCUGGCAACUGGAGGAGCUGGAGAAGGCCUUCGAGACCACCCACUACCCAGACAUCUUCAUGAGGGAAGCCCUCGCCGUCAGACUGGACCUCAUUGAGGCCAGAGUACAGGUUUGGUUUCAAAACCGCCGUGCCAAGAUGAGACGACAGCUGAAACUCCAGGGCCAGCUUGCAGGACCUUAUGUAAAAAGAGACAAUGAUGAAACGCCUGAGACACCGAGCAGGAGUUUAAAACAGCAGACAGAGAGUUCAGAUGGCGAGCACUGGGAGAGACGACAGGACGGAGAAAACUAUCCAUGGACAAAAGAUGUGACUGCUGCGCUGAGCGUGCAUAUGCAGCCUGUGACCCAGAGGUCAGGGAAGUGGGCGAGGCUGGAGGGGCCGACCUCAGAGGAGCUCCGCUCUUGCAGCAUCGCCAAGUUGAGGGCCAAAGCCAGAGAGCAUGAGGCAGAGAUCCACAGCACUGUAAACAUGUCAGGAGGCAACACACAGUCACAAACACAGGAAGCUGAUGCCAUGCACAAUGAUUGAUCAUUUUCCUUCUUCCUGUUUGUACAGAUAAUCUUAACUAAAAAAAAGUGUAUGCUAUUACUAUGCUGGAACAAAACUACCUGGGACGAGGCGCUUAAUUAUUUAUCCAUUAUUAAUAAAAUAUUUCUUGCAGUAUAAAAUAAUAGUUAUCCUCUGUAAAAUUAUGAACAAAUUGUA